UAAUGCGCGGCUGAGUACGAGGCCGUGGCCGCCAUAGCGACGGUGUCAACAAACAGCAGCGGGCAGCACACCGUCCAGCAUGUUCAAGAACACCUUCCAGAGCGGCUUCCUGUCCAUCCUGUACAGCAUCGGCAGCAAGCCCCUGCAGAUAUGGGACAAGAAGGUUCGCAAUGGACACAUCAAGCGGAUCACAGACAAUGACAUUCAGUCGCUGGUGCUGGAGAUUGUGGGCGUAAAUGUGAGCACGACCUACAUCACGUGUCCCGCUGACCCCAAGAAGACGCUCGGCAUAAAACUGCCGUAUCUCGUCAUGAUCGUCAAAAACCUUAACAAAUACUUCACAUUUGAGGUUCAGGUUUUGGAUGACAAGAAUGUUCGUCGGCGAUUCCGUGCAAGCAACUACCAAUCGACGACGAGGGUCAAGCCGUUCAUCUGUACCAUGCCGAUGCGCCUGGACGAAGGGUGGAACCAGAUUGUCUUCAACCUGGCCGACUUUGUGAGGAGAGCUUAUGGCACCAACUACGUUGAGACCCUGAGAGUUCAGAUCCAUGCCAACUGUCGAAUCCGAAGAGUCUAUUUUGCUGAUCGCCUCUACUCCGAGGAGGAAUUGCCGGCGGAGUUCAAGCUAUACCUUCCUGUCCAGACCAAGGCCAAGUCUGCCAUAUAAGACCUUACAGACAGCCCUGAUGAUGUGUUAAUAUACUACAGGCAUGAUGCAAUUUUAUAUUGGUACUUAUAAGUGAUUUUUGCACCAUUGCUAUGUCAUAUAGUUUGUUGUAGCCAUUGGAAUGGCAAUUUUUUUGUUGUGCGUGUGUGUAUGGUGUGUAUGUGUGUGUGUGUGUGUGUGUGUGUGUGUGUAUGGUGUGUGUGUGAUUCUGCUGUGUUUUCUCAGUAGGACAAAGUUCACACAUUUUGCUCUCAGUAGAAUAUUGUGCCAUAUUUCAAGACAUCAGGGAGAUAAGCCUUCCUAAGAGAUGAAAUACAAAGCACAUUUUGGGAAGCAAAGGUGGACAUCCUGCUUUGUAUGUGGUUGUCUUGGGCUCAAAUGCACCUUUGUUGGUGACCUUCAAGGAGUGAGUGGGAGACAAUGAUGUUUAUUGUGCUCUGCUGCUGGGUGACGAGUAGGUGACCAUGCUAGUCAGCACCAGCCAACUGGUUCUCUAAGCCCCCCCCCACCCCCCAUCACACACUAUCCACAGUAGUGAUAGGCACUAAUCUUAAUACUGACUUCAGCUUCAUUCUCUUUAUAUAUGAAAACAUGAGAUUGUUUCUUAGUUUAGGUUAUUUUUCUAUUGAACCCUGCAAAGCCUCCAGGAAGGGGCAGGGUUAGUGUAGGGUGACAGCACUCGAGGGUGUGAAGGGUAACAUGACCCUUCUCAGUAGGACACAGUUGGACUGCAAUGUUUCCUCAAGCUAUUUGUGAAUGGUAGCAUGACCUGCCUCACUAGGAAGGAUUACCAAUCACUUUUUUAUAGGGUGACUACUUGAGUGGCCAGUAAAGGGUAACAUGACCCACCUUACCAGGCAGAGCCACCUAUGAUUAACUUUUUCUUCUUUGAGUCUGAAUUCACUGCCAUGUCAGAUACAGGAACCUUGUCAUGGAGCAGUAAUACAUCAACCCACCAGCACUAAUCAUAUAUUUUCUUUGUCAUCUAUAGUUGAUUUAUCUUAAUGCCCACUUCUCUAAGGGCACAGCAAGUUUCCCUUUUGCCGUUCAUAUACUGUCUCAAAGUGCUCUGGUUCACUCUCCUCCCCAUGCUAAGUCGAGUCUUUUGCACCUGCCACACCUACUUACCUAACUUGUCUACAUCCUUCCUCCUUCAAUCUUGUAUGUCUUACACUCAUUGCCAUUCCUAGCCUUUUUGGCACUAAAGGCACCCCCUUUUUAAACUUGUUGCC